CCCCCCUCUCCCCCGUUCUUCUUCCCUCAUCUCCAUUUUCAAAUAACAAACUUCUCCAUUCACCUCAACCCCAACUUCCUUUCUCAUUUACCGCUGCUGUGGAGGAUUUUCUCCAGAAACUAACAACGUUUCAAGAAUCUUUUCUCCACUAGCAGCGUUUUCGUAUCCAAUGGCUCGCUCUUUCUCCAACGCUAAGAUCCUCUCCGCUGUUGUUUCUGAUGGAUUCUCCUCCCUUCUCAGCAGUCGUGGUUAUGCGGCGGCAGCGGGUUCUCAAGGAGUUGCGUCCUCUGCGGUGAAAGGAGGAAGUGUUGCGGCGGCGAGGAGCAGUAAUCUGUUGAAGAAAUCUGGAGAAGAGAAGGUUGGAACAACUGAGAAGGUUUCUUGGGUGCCGGAUCCUGUCACGGGGUAUUACCGACCGGAGAAUCGAUCCGAUGAGAUCGAUGUUGCCGAACUCCGAUCGAUUCUUCUUAAGAACAAAAACUAAAAGCACUUUUUCCGGAAGGAAUUUAUAUUAAGAAAAAACAUAAAACGAAAAGAGACCUCCGGGCUUCGGAUCGAGAUUGAAAGAGGAUUGGAUCGGGCUUGAGUGUGGAAUAUGUGAAGCAAUUUGGGGAUUAAGAACAGGCUCUACGACGAAUAGCAGUUAGAGAUUCAACCGACGGUGUGUUCUCAAUUCCUGUUUAGAUGUUAAGUUUGUUUACUAUACUCUGUUCUUUUUAGGAGUUUGAAUGUUCUUUCGGUUUACUGUAAUCUUGAAAAAUUGUUACACAAUGAAUGAAUAUGGGCAGUAGCCUUUGGUUA